AUGCCUACCACUACUGGCCUUCAUCCCCAACAAGUGAUAAACAACCGGUUCCAUACAAAGAAACUGCGGCGUCUCCAAUCACUUGGUCCUAACCUGAUUGGACCCCGCAGGACAAGAAGUUAUCUCAAGUCCCAAAAGUACAUAGAGUACAGGGCACGGCCUCGCCGAGAUACUGGAAAGGAUGGGGAACCUGUUUGGUCAGAUGAGCUUGAGGAUGCUUUCCAGCAAGCCCUUGAGGCGAAUCCCCCAAUGGGGAGAAGGAAGUGGUCCGAACGCGGGAAAUCCUACGGUCGAAAUGAACUCAUAGCCGAGUAUAUCUACAAAACUACUGGCAAAAGGAGGUCGAGAAAGCAGGUGUCUAGCCACCUGCAAGUCCUUGAUUCUUUUCUCAAGGGGGAUCCCGAUUACAGCUUCGAUGAGACAGACCCAGGUCUAACCGGGCAAUUGCAGGGGAGAGGCUUGUACGGGAGCAACCAGCAGACCGUUCGAAUGGCCAGCCGCCAUCAGCCGGUCCUCGCUGGAGAAAUUCACUAG